CAAAUACACUCUAGCCUAGUCCUCGCUUCUAUAUAUCCCAAAUGCCAUUCAAUCUCACUUAACCAUGGAUUAGCGGUUCCAUCGCAUUCGUUUCCAGUCUUUCUCAAAUCUGUCAAUCCAUCGCCCGAAAACCAGGCCGUCAUCCCGCUCGCUACCGAAUCCAGGGCACUGCAAUAAGCAUGGACAUGUCAAUGCCUGCGACGUCUUCAUCGACGGCUAUGCCUUCCAUAGGCGCGAUGUCAGGCAUGUCGACGACGUUUUCGAUCAAUACGCGCGUUACGCUUUGGUUUACGGAUUGGACGACGGAUACGGCCGCUGCAUACGCCUUCACGCUCAUCUUUCUCUUUGUGCUGGGGAUCUUCAACCGCUUCCUUGGCGCGAUAAGGUCGCAGCUUGAGCGACGAUGGGAGGAGCGUGUUGAGGUCGUGUCAAGUGAGGGCAAGAGUAGCUAUCGGAAAAGACACGUACGGCAGCAGCCAUCGCGUGCGAAAAGAGAAGAGGACGCCCAGGAAGAGUUGCAACCCCUCAGCCCGGCUCCUGAAGCGAUAGGAGCUCAGGUAGAGGAGAAACCCUCACGGCAUACAGCGAGAGGGUUCUGGGUCGCGAAUGCUGGUUGGAGUGCUAGGCGCGAUAGCAUCCGGGCGUUGCUGGAGUUCAUCCGUGCUGUCAUUGGAUAUAUACUUAUGCUCGCCGUUAUGACCUAUAACGUCGGCUUCUUCUUCGCGGUUACCGGGAGCGUCUUACUAGGCGAGAUGGUUUUCGGAAGGUACACUCGGAGCGGACAUUCGGGAUGGCAGGAAGGUGGGUGCCAUGAGUGAGCUAUGGAAACACCGAGCAUCCUUCGUGCGUCUUGAAUUACGCAUCUGGACCUUGAUAAG